AUGGAUGCUGUCGCGGGCCUCAAGCUAACGGUUGGGUCUUUGACAGUCCUUGCGCACGAGCGUCUGAGUAUCGUCGGUGUUGUUGCUUACCUAUGCCUUCAAGACACCGGAGCCCAACCCCUCGUCAACGAAGAUGGUAGCCUUGCUCUCGCCGUCAACGGUGAGAUCUACAACCACCGCAUCCUGCGGAAAGGUCUGAAGACCAAGUACAACUUCAAGACGCACUCCGACUGCGAAGUCAUCAUUCCUUUGUAUAUGGAGCACGGUCUGGAUGCCCCCAAGCACCUCGAUGGCAUGUUCUCGUGGGUUUUGUAUGAUCAGAAGCAAGACCGGGUGGUCGCCGCUCGUGACCCCAUCGGUAUUACUAGCUUCUACCUGGGCCGGUCGUCGUCGACCCCCGGCGCCGUGUACUUUGCCUCGGAGCUCAAGUCGCUGCACCCGGUCUGCGACAACAUCAUUGCGUUCCCACCCGGCCACAUCUACGACUCCAAGGCCGACACUCUGACCCGCUACUUCGAGCCCAAGUGGUGGGACCCGACCAACGUCCCCACGGUCCCGGUCGACUACAAGGUGAUCCGCCACAGCCUGGAGAAGGCGGUGCGCAAGCGUCUGAUGGCUGAGGUUCCGUACGGUGUAUUGCUGUCAGGUGGUCUGGACUCAAGCUUGGUGGCGUCCAUUGCGCAGCGGGAAACCCUGCGCAUGCAGGAUGCGGCCCGCGCGGUGUCCCAGUCGCAGGCGGUCUCGUCGGAACUAGUGGGCAUUGAUGACAGCAACGAGCUGUCGACGGUCACGACAUUCCAGCAGCUGCACUCAUUUUCCAUCGGUUUGCCUGGUGCACCGGACACCGAAGCGGCCCUUGAAGUGGCCAACUUCCUGGGCACUAAGCACCACGCCUUCACUUUCACCAUCCAGGACGGACUGGAUGCGCUUUCGGAUGUCAUUUAUCACCUGGAGACGUACGACGUCACGACCAUCCGCGCCUCGACGCCCAUGUACCUGCUGUCGCGCAAGAUCAAGGCCAUGGGUGUCAAGAUGGUGUUGAGCGGCGAGGGCAGCGACGAAAUCUUCGGCGGAUACCUGUAUUUCCACGCUGCUCCCAACCGAGAGGAAUUCCACAAGGAGACCGUCCGCCGCGUCAAGAACCUGCACCUGGCUGACUGCCUGCGUGCCAACAAGUCCACAUCCGCCUGGGGUCUUGAGGCCCGUGUGCCUUUCCUCGACAAAGAGUUCCUCGAGACUGCCAUGGGUGUCGACCCCAAGGACAAGAUGAUCACCGAGGGCCACAUCGAAAAGUACGCUCUGCGUAAGGCGUUCGACACUACCGACGAGCCUGAUGUUGCCACCUACCUGCCGGACAAGAUCCUGUGGCGCCAGAAGGAGCAGUUCAGUGACGGUGUCGGCUACAGCUGGAUCGAUGGCCUCAAGGACCAGGCCGAGCAGCAGGUUACCGAUGAGAUGAUGAAGAACCCCAAGCCUGAAUGGGGCAACGAUGUCCCGGACACCAAAGAGGCGUACUGGUACCGCACCAUGUUUGACGAGCACUUUCCUCCCUACUGCGCCGGCACUGUCGAGCGCUGGACCCCAACCUGGUCCAAGCAGACCGACCCUAGUGGCAGAGCGAUUGCCACCCACAACGACAAGUAUAAAAACGUCGAGUAA